AUGCGCAACAGCUGGAUUUUUCGCCACAGACCACCGGAUCCCCAUCAAGCAGUGGACGACGCCCUUGCACUGUCCAGCCUCCGAUCUUCUUCAGAUGCGAGCAGAUCCAGAACAAGGGAGGCUACUGCUGAUGCCGUCCAUCUGUGGAAACCUCCAGCACGCGACUUCCUCAAAUGCAAUAUCGACGGAUCUUACUACCCAGGUAGCCAAGAAGGAACGAUGGCAUGUGUUAGUCGAAAUCAUCAGGGUAUUCUAACAGAUGUCUACACCAAGCGAUUUCCAGCCGCCUCAGCGUUUCAAUCGGAAGUUCAAGCGCUCACCUUCACUCUGCAUCAUUUGAGGAAUCAAGGCAUCAACACAGGAAAUAUAGUAAUCGAAUCUGACUGUCAAAUCUUGAUCGAUACAGUCCACGGGAAGAAGACGCCACCAUGGGAAGAAAGAAUGCUCUUCAAUGAAAUUUCAGCUCUGCUCCCCGAAUACCCUAGCGUGCGUCUGCAGUUCUGUCGUAGGGAGGCCAAUGGAGCAGCCGACUGGGCCGCCAAGGCCCAUGGUAGACUUGACCUAGCUCAUAAUUGGAACAUCUUUACUCCUUACAUUUUGCAGGAUCUUGUUGCUGCUGAUGCAAUAGUAUCUGGAUGUACUUUGACGAAUGCAUAA